CUAUAUAUUAUACCUAUCAAAAACGUGUUUGAAUGUCAAUUUACAAUUACUUUACUAAGCUUCAACGCUCUGUCGCUCUAGCUGAUAGUACGAACUACGAGUUAAACGUUAUGCCGUUAUGGUAAGAAAGUCAAAAAAUAUUACUUAUUGUUAUUUUAUAAGUAAUUACAUCCAUCCAUUAUUUUCUAACAUACCAAGAGUCUAAAAUACUAUUCAAUAAAUACCUAAGUUAUAAUCUUUUCAAAUGUCCAUUUAUCACGACGAAGUAGAAAUAGAAGAUUUUGAAUAUGACGAAGACGAUGAAAUGUAUUAUUAUCCAUGUCCAUGUGGAGAUCGUUUUCAAAUAACUAAAGAAGAAUUAGAAUCUGGAGAAACUGAUGCUACUUGCCCAAGCUGUUCAUUGGUUGUAAAAGUUAUUUAUGACCCUGAAACUUUGCCGCAUAAACAAACUAUAUCAACUAAAACAAAAAGCUUAGAAAAGUGUUAGUUUAAUGGCUGGAUCAUCAAGAGGAAAGAGAGGAGGGGGGCGUGGAGGUGGUAAUAAUGUUGGUCGUCCACAUAUAUCCAUUGGUCCUGACAAAUUAGAAGCAGAUGACCCACUUGAUUUUAAAGCCCCAGAACUCUUUCCACCUUUGCGGGCAACAGUUACUGAAAUUGAAGAAGAUAGUGAAGAUGAAGAUCUGAUAUCUUUUGAAAAGAAGUUAGCCAAGCAUUUUAAUAAUUCUGCUUCAUUUAUUUCCAAAGAGGAGUUUACAAGCCCUUGGUCUUACCUUAAAUCUAUAGAAAAUCAUAACUACUUUCCACCAUCGCUGUUACCAAAAAAAAAAAAAAGUUCACUGGAUGAUAAACCAUUAUCUGAUAAACAAUGGAUGGAAAAGUUAAAAUCUGAGGUGACUAAUCAUGAUUAUUUAUCAUUGCAAGAAGUUGUUUCUGCUAAAAAAAAUAAAAUUGACGAUUUCCUUUGUCCUGCCAACAAAAAGAAAGCAAAAACUGAUAAUUCUACUACAUCACUUUUGAUUAAUGAAAGUAUUGCCAAAGAACUUGAUGAAGAAGAAGACAUUGAUGUUGAAGAUAGUGAAGAACCAAAAAAGAAAGAAGAUGAAGAAAAAGAUGAGCAGCCCAAAGACAUCGAAGAAGAAUUUGAAAGUGAUGUGGAUGACGAAUUAGAUGAUGGUACAGAUUACAAUAAAAACUAUUUUGAUAAUGGCGAAGGGUAUGAUGAUGAUGAUGAUGGUCUGGACGAUAAUGAUGCAAUUUAUUAAUUAUAUUGUGAUAAAUCCA